AUGAAUGUAUUAAAAACGGAGAAAUUGAAAAAGAAAAGAUGCCAGAUUAUUUCAAACGAAAUGAUUGCCUUGUGGUCGAAACUAAACUUUCCGAGCAUAACACGUAUAGCUGCACAACGGAAGAUAACAGAAGUUUUAAAUGAUUAUUCAACAUUUUUAAAAUUCCCGGAUGGCAGAAAUGUUACAAUGGCGUUCAACAAGUUAUGUGAUAUAACUGAUUUAAAAGGUGUCUGGCUAGGAACUGAGGACAAAAAGUUGUAUGAACUCCAAACAUCUGCAAAUGGAGAAGUUGGGUACACAACAGCUACAGCAGUUUGUGUGCAUCCCUCCAAAGCUGCCCUUUUAAGAAAAAAUGUUCAAAGCACCUCGUGUUUAAAUAAAGUGGCGCUCAACACUUCAACAUCAUCAGCUGAAUCUGUCAAGCAAUCACAUUCUCCACCUGUUGGUGAAUAUAAAGCUCCUCUUCAAAGAAAAAGAAAUGCGAAGUGUUCAACAAAAGCAGCAGUGACAAUGGUAACAACAGCCCAUGUAAGCACCAAAAAUGCCGCUAAAAUAUGCAAUGAAUUGUCCAAAGAAGGAAUAAAUAUAGCAACACCAACACAAGCAGGUAUUCACAAAGCGAUGAUUAAAGCAGCGCUGAACUUGGAAAAAAAUUAUAAGAAUUCCUUAAGAGAUGACAUUUGGUGCAUUCAUUUCGACGGCAAGAAAUUUGGGAAGAAAGAAGUGCAGGUCGUGGUGUUAACAAAUGAAACUAAGGAAGUAAGAGUAGCGGCAAUGGUUCUUGAAAACGGGAAAAGUUUGUCAAUUUUUGAAGGAAUAAGGAAUGUAUUGGAUAAAUUUAACCUUUGGAAUUCCAUUAAAAUGAUUGUUAGUGACACAACAAACGUUAAUACAGGGGUUAAAAGUGGAGUUGUUCGUUUACUGCAGAAUUGUUUUCAGGAAAAACAUUUGUCCACACCGCAGUAUAUUGGAUGCCAACAUCAUGUAUUAGAUUUAAUUUUGAAGCAUGUGAUGAAUGAAGUACUAGGUGGAAAGUCGACAUCGCCAAACAUCAGUUAUGACAUAUUUACCGAAUUGUAUUUGUCUUGUACUUAA